GACGUCCUCCCACUCCAACGAUCGGUGGUGCACUGUGUCCCUGUGUCGGAAAAAGCCGAAGGCGUCGGCUUGGUCAUCAGUGCCUACCAGUGCACAUACAUUCCACAUAUCAGUGCCCAUCUGAGCUGCCUGUCAUUGCUAGUCAGUGUCGCCUAUGAGUGCUGCCAAUCAGUGCCGCCUAUCAGUGCCCGUCAGUGCCACCUAACAGUGCCAGUCAGUGCUACCUAUCAGUGCCGCCCAUAUAUGAGUACUGCCUUUCAGUGCCCAUCAGUGAUGUCUGUCAACGCCCAUCAGUGCCACCUACCAGUGUAUCCUCAUCAGUGCCCAUCAGCGCCACCUAUCAAUGCCCAUCAGUGCUGCCUUAUCAGUGCCCAUCACUGCAGCCUCAUUAGCGCACAUCAGUGA